AUAAUUUAACAUCUUCCUCCCUCGCAUAUAACUCCUUCACACACAUUAAUCUCUCUCUCUUUCUCUCUCUCUCUCUCUCACCAUUUCACAUUACUAUUACACAUACAUGUCAUCAUCCAUGGAAGAAGAAGACACCCUGAUACCCACAUUUCUCAGAAAACCAGACCACAACUCCCCCCUCCCCUCCCACAAGUCCUUGCAUGUUUUCCGGAGGAGCCGCAGGAGGUGGAGGGAGCAAGUGCCUGUGCUGAAGAAGAAGAGUAAUAAGAAGGAACAUGAAGAUGAAGAUGAAGACGAAGAUGGAGAGAAAGAAGAUGGUGAUGAUGACAGAGAAGAGAUAGAGAUGAAGAUUCAUGCAUUGCAGAGGAUUGUGCCUGGUGGUGAGUCACUUGGAGUGGACAAGCUCUUUGAUGAAACUGCUGGCUAUAUUCUGGCUUUGCAGUACCAAGUCAAAGCCUUGAGGGCUCUCACUGGCUUCUUUGACAAGUUGGACAAGGAGAAGAAGACCAAGUUUGGAGGUUAAUUAAUUCACUUCUGUCAUCAUGCUUCACAUCACCACCAUCAUCAUGUAUGGAUUAUUAUGGAAGAAGCCUAGGUUAGGUUCUUUUGCUUUUUCUCCCACAGACCCAUUAGUUAGAUUUUUUUUUUCCCUUCAAAUUUUCUGUUCCUUUGUUGUACUUUUGGUUGGGAUCAAGGAAAGAAAAUGUUUCCCAUGUUCUUAGAUUUUUAUUUUUUUAUUUUGGAGUUCUCAGUUCUCACCACUGUGUUUUCUUUUAUGAUGACUUUAUCUAUAUAAUCUUGAAAGUUGAUAUUCUUAGGUUUGUUUGGGUUAGUGUUACAGAAGGGGUUAUUGAUUUUGGGCAACUGAUGUAGGAAUCUUAAUCUGUUUCAUGAUCUGGAGUAAAGUUAGAGUGGAUGCAAGUGCAUCA